AUGGAUAAUAUGCGAUACAUGUGUUUUUGCAGGUCAUUUUUUUCAAAUGUCGAUACAUUUAUAUCUCAUGUUACAUGUUGUCCCCAAAUAAAAAAUUCAAAUACUUUAAAUGCUCAAUCAGAGAAAAUGAUUAUUGAUAAACUUUCAGAAUAUUCAAAAAUAAACGAAGAUUUAAAAUCGGAUUUUAAAUUAAAAUUAAUGAAAUCUUGGGCGAUAGUUGUAGAUGAGGAUGAGAGUACCAUAAAAUCCGAUAAUACGACACCUAAAUUAUGGGGAAGACGUUUACCCAAAAGAACUAAAGUACCUUAUUUAAGUCGUGCCGUACCUUUAUCUACCGAUCAUUCAUACGAAAGAUGUCAAUGUGGUGCCGUUUUUGUUACGCGAAUGGGUAAACGACAACAUCAGGCAAGUGAAUCAUGUUCUUAUACUAUUUUUUUAUUUAAUUCUCUCAAAGUGUAUAAUAAUAUUCACAUAGUUAUAUAA